AUGAAUUUUAUCCUCUUCUGGGCUCUCUUGAACCUGCCUGUUGCUCUGGCUUUUGAUCCAGAUUACCGAAAUGGCAUGACUCCCCCAUACCUGGUCUACUUGAAAUCUGAUUACUUGCCCUGCGUUGGAGCUCUGAUCCACCCCCUUUGGGUGAUCACAGCUGCACACUGCAACUUACCAAAGCUUCAGGUGAUGUUAGGGGUUACAAAUCCAUCAAACAACAAUGAAAAGGAUAUACAAGUAGUUGGCUAUGAGAAGAUGAUCCCUCAUCCGUACUUCUCAAUCACCUCUAUUGAGCAUGACCUCAUGUUAAUCAAGCUGAGAGAAAGUGUUGAACUCAAUGACUAUGUGAAAUUGGUCGACCUGCCCGAAGAACGCGUCCGUGAAGAAACCAUGUGCAUGGUCUCCACGUGGGCCUACAACCUAUGUGAUGACUACAAGGAACCCGACUCCCUGCAGAAUGUGAACAUCUCCAUAAUCUACAGGAGUGAGUGCCUCGAGGCCUAUAAAACCUACAGGAUCCAGGAAAGUAUGCUGUGCCUGGGCAUUGUGCCAGGAAGGAGGCUGCCCUGCAAGGAAGUCACAGCUGCCCCAGCAGUCUGCAAUGGGGUACUUCAAGGAAUAUUGACUUUUACAGAUGGAUGUGUUUUGAGAGCUGAUGUUGGCAUCUAUACCAGAAUCUUUAAAUACUUGUCCUGGAUUAGACAUACAAUGGAAAGCUACUGAGCUGCCAUGGCAGGAAGUCUAGAUCACGUGACACAAUUGGUCCCUAUGUCCAGACUCACAAUCAAGCCUAAAUAGAUGCCCUCGGUUGCACUGGACAUGCCUGUCUCACUUCUGCCCGACAGAGUCGGUGAUUUGUAC